AUGUCUUCCGUAAGAGAUUUAUUAAUGGCGGCUGCUUGUAUUGAUCUUGACCCUGCAAAUCUUCAAGUCGCCUCUUCUCUUUUAUCUCAACUUGUUCUUCUUCUUCCAUCAAUUACAAAUGAGAAUGAAAAGAGAAUAUUAAAAAGUGUCUAUUGGAAACUUGUAUGGCAAAUUAAUGCUCUUACUGGCUGGGGUAAAACCAUUAAUUAA